AUAAGAUUUUCCUGAGAUUCGUUUGUUUGACUCGUAUAUCUACUCAACUCCUCUGGCAAACUCUACCUCUGUCUGUAAACCCUAAUUCGCCGCGUUCAUCGUCUCCAACCAUCUUUCUCAGCUUAUUGAGGUUAAAGAAUGCAUAGAAGAGUUGAUAAAGAGGCAGGGAUGAAAAAUACAGAAAAUGGUGGGAAAGCUGGAACUGUGGAUACCCCUUCCCGCGAUCCGUUCCUAUACCUCACAACUUGUCAGAUCGGACAUGGUGUAGAAGUUCAUCUGAAAAAUGGGUCGGUUUACAGUGGCAUAUUUCACGCUGCUGACGUGGAGAACAAUUUUGGAAUUAUUUUGAAAAUGGCAUGCUUGAUAAGGGAAGGUAGUUUACGAGGGAAGAAACCCCGUGCUCCUCUUGUCAGCAAGCCACCUUUGAAGAUAUUCAUUAUCCCUGCUGACGAAGUUGUGCAAGUUAUAGCUAAGGACCUUCCUGUGAACAACAAUAACGUCUCAAAUUCAGCUCAGUGCGAGAAACCGUCAGAGCUGUUGACGGACUCUUCUAUCUCACAGUCUUAUCAUGUUGAUUCGGAAAGAGAGCUGAAGCGUUGGGUACCUGAUGAAGACGUUCCAGAUUGUCCAGAUCUGGAAAACGUGUUUGAUGACCCUUGGAAGAAGGGCUGGAAUCAGUUUGAGGUAAAUGAGACAUUGUUUGGAGUUACGAGCACUUUUGACGAGGAACUGUAUACCACAAAACUAGAGAGAGGUCCUCUGACGAGGGAGCUAUUGGAGCAAGCUUUGAGGAUUGCAAGAGAGAUCGAGGGUGAGAAUACCCGAGAUCUUCACGUAGCAGAGGAGAGAGGGCUUCAGCUUAGUGGAAAGUUUGAUAUUGACGAGGAAACUAAAUACUCAUCGGUCUGUCCAGUUAAUGGAUUUGAUGACUCUGGUUAUGAAGAGGAAAAAGAAAUAUUGUUGGAUUGCCGUAAUAAUAUGACUUUUGGUGAUUCUAAUCCUAAUAGGAAUGAGAGUCAGCUUGCGGAGCAGAGAAACGGCAAAAGUCUAGAGUCUUCCCAUUAUAAAAAGCCGUCCGAGGAAUCAGCCGGCGGUCUCGAUGAUACUAAUGCAGAGGCAGCAACCUCUGACCCGGCUUGUCUACAAUUGCGAGCUUCUGAUAAGCGAAGUUCCACUGAUGGAAAACUUGCCCGUCGAGUGACUGACAGAGGGAAGUUCGAGAGAUCUGGAAGCUCCAUUUCUAGAAAUCCAGAUAACUCUGCAGCUUCCUCAUCAUCGAGUCGUCCGAAACUAUCACCAAGCUCUUCAAUAGGUUCUUGUUCUUCAGAAAAGUCCACACUCAACUCAAAUGCCAAGGAAUUUAAGCUAAACCCAAACGCAAAGAGUUUCAAACCAUCUCCAACAGCUACACGGCCUCAAUCUCCAGUUCCGGACGGAUCAUUCUUUUACCCUCCUGUUCCACAGAUGCCUGGAAUACACAUUGGAUACGGAAUGGGAGCAGCAUUCCCUGGACAACAACCAAUGGUGUAUCAUAAUACAAGACAGCCUGGUCCAAACCAAACAUUUUAUCCUCCAAAUGGUCCACAGUACCACCCACAACAGAUGAUGGUUGUUCAGCAGAGACCGGUUCUGUUCAUGCCGCCGUCGCCAUACCAACCGGAGAUGCCAUAUAAAGGAAGAGACUCUUAUUAGCUUUUGACCAAACUAUGAAUGGUGGUGGUGGCACAAAGGUUUCGAAUAAUCUUCUGAUGGAAUGGGGUUUCCAGCACCGAAUCUUUAAUUUGUUUAGUCUGAUAAAUGGUUUGAUGGUCCAUGUGAGAUAUAUUGAACACAUGUGAUAUUGAUUUUAGUUUGUUUAGGACUAGAUUUAGAUUUAGAUUUAGGUUAGAUUCGGUUUGAUCUCACUUCUUUAUUCACUCGGGUCUCUGCUUAAACUAUAAUUGAUAGAUGUAUGACAUUCUAUGUUUGAUUCUUUUUAUAUAUUUCCUCCGUUUCGUAA